GGGGACACCGAGGGGCCGCGCUGGGAUACGGGUGGGAUCCGAGCCGUCCCUCCGGAGCGCGAGGCCGAGCCGCGGGGCCGGCCCCGGGAGCGCAUCCCCGGGCAUGGGGAGCCGGGAAUGCCGCCCGGGAGCCCCGCAGCGCUGGAAACGCCCCGUGCUGGCAGCGGAGCGACUGCCGGGAGAGGGGACCCGCCCGGGUGGCUCCUGGGGACACCUCGUCCCCGCCACUGCCCGAACAGCCGGAUACAGGGCAGCGGCAGUCUGUUUUCAAACGUCUGGCUGUGGCGAGCUGUCGCUGGAGUCCUUACUGCUGCUGUCAUUUUGAUUUCAUGUAUUCAGUUUGAAAAGCCUUCUCUAGCCAAAGAGUUUCCUGUGUGUCCUCCCCUGGACUUGUGUCCAUCAGGCUGGCUGUACUUCCAGAGGAAGUGUUACUUCCUCUCAGAGAGUGAAGCUGCCUGGAACUCCAGCCAGAGCCAGUGCUCUUCCCACAACGCUUCCCUGCUGGUCAUCGAGAAUCAUCAGGAGCUGAGGUUUAUGAUGAAGAUAACGAAGCAAGACCCAUGGAUUGGACUCUAUAAAAGAAAUGAAGAGUUCUUUUGGGUAAAUGGAAAAGCAUUAGACAAUGAACUGUUUGAAGUAAAAGGCUCUGGCAGCUGUGCCUAUCUGGAGUCCAAAGGAGUCUCAGCCUCAGGAUGUUAUUUAACCAGAAAAUGGGUCUGUAGCUUGAAUAUCAACUCAGCAUAAUAAAGGUGGACAAAGCCACCACCCCUGACUCUCAGAGCUCUGAUAUGAUGCCUGCACAGGCUAUGUCUACACUUUGGGACCUGGCUAUGUGUUCCAGCUCCUACCCAGAGGUGAAUGACUUUUCUGGUAGCCAGAAUUCUGCACUCAUGGAGGAAGGCUUUAAAGAUACAAUUUUAAAGGCUCUCUUCAGCAUCUUGAUAAGUCAUUUCCUUGCCCCAUUUUUCCAGCUACUGCCCAGCUGUAGUUUUGUUUUGCUGUGCCAUCAGUAUUUCCUCCAUUUAAUCUUCUCUUGUAGGAGCAGCUGCUCUUUCUUUCCCUUUUGGGUGUGCAGUUGGAGGUUUUAGUUCUGCUUUUCCUUUUGCCAGGCUUUAUGUGCAUGGGUGGUGAAGUGGGUCUGACUGGAGGGCUGCCAGUGCCUCAUGGAUACGGAACAAUGCAGAAGUGAACACUGUUGUUUUAGACAGGAUCACAACAAACUCCUCUCUUUCCAUUUGAUGGGAUGUACCUUGCAUUGUGUUCCACGUUUUGUUAAUGUUAUGUUACAUUAAUUUUGUUAAAUCCUGGUGAUAACGCUGUCAAGCUGAUUUAUGUAGCUGCACUGCACCUAAAGUUAUCCUCACAACACAUUCUUUAGCCAAAAAAGGUCACAGUAGAUAAGAAUAUUUAUUUACCUGAGCAUCUGCACUGAUGCGGGAAGUGGUGGGAGAAGAGUUGGAACUGGAAGAAUGAUAGUGAAGCUGCAGGCAUUAAUGUGUAAGUGUAGGAAUAGUCCUGAUUGCAGGGAGGCAAAAUCAGGAGAAGGGAAUGAGAGAAUUAGCAGCAAGGGAUAUUUCUCUGUGUUUCCCUUAUGCCCUGUGCCUGUCAUGGUGUGAGGCUUCUGAGCCUCAUGGUGUCAUGGUGUGGGCAUUUCCAGAUGGACAGUCGGUGUUUCCUUGUGUAGGUGACAUUCUCAGCAGCAGCCUCCUGUGCUCUUGGAUUGCUGGGAGCCUGAACUGAAUCCCUGUGAUUGUCUGAGUCCUACACAUGUCUAGCAGGUUGUCCAAAGAUUAAGAGUGUCAUUUGACCCAGAGGAAGCAAAUUUGCCUGGAAGGAGUGGAACUAUGAAGUUUCUAGAGAAGGAAGAAUGGGAAGUUGACCUUCAUUAUUUUCUGUGACAGAAGGACUUGACUGUAGCAGGACCAUACACAUGGAUACUAUCAGCAACUUGUGCCUUUCAGAUGUUUAUUUAAAUAUAAUCACUAAUUUUGCUGGAUUACACUUUUCUUAAUUGCUUGUAUUCCUUAUAGGCACAGUAACAGGACUCUACAGUGUAAAAAGCCUAAUUAUCUAUUUAUUUAUAUGUUGGGGGGAAGGUGUUAUUCUGCAAUGUUUUUACAUUAACCUGAUUCUGAAUGAUAUCGUAUGUGAAAUAGCCCUGAAAAGAUACUUAAUAAAUUUUAAUUUAUUAUUAAAAAUAAUAAAUAUCUUUACAGAGCCCCUGAAUUACAGUGGUUUGUAUCUUAAUAUUGGGAUAUUAAAAGUAUUUUUCAUCUCAGGCACCAUUUUGGUGAAAAAAAAUCUGAAGGUAAGUAAAAUAUUCAUAUUUUGAACAUGAAAAAAUCUUUAAUCAUAAUGUUGGGGCUGACAUGAAACAGAAUAUUUGAUCCAAAAAAGAAUGUUUUUCCCUUUUUAACACCUUGUAAUGAGUCAGACUUUUAAGAAAAGGUCAAAAAAUGAAAGCUCUUCUAGAAUCUGACUCCUCAGGGAUGCAGUGAACUUCUUUGUUGAUGUUAAGAAAAGAAGGGUUGUAGUUAUGAUAUUUUGUGAAAAUCCCUUUGCUAGGAUUUUCUUCUCCUGAGAAGCUGAAGGGCCUCAGCUUCAAGUGUAAACAAUUUGUUA